GAAAGAUCGGGCGGCAUCGGAGAUUUAGACAUACAAGAAGAGAAGCUAAUUCACACUGGUAUGUAUAAAUGAAGAAUGCAAAAAUGCUAAGUUAUAAAUGUUUUGAAGCAUUUAAUAACCUAAGUGAAUAUGAAACCUUUGUGAUAAUGUUUUAUGUGUAAAUAAAAAUUGGGUUUAAAAGUAAUUACAAAUAGAUAUAGAAAUGUGAUUUUACUAAUACGAUUAAUAUAAUUUUCUUAAAAAUACAAAAAUUCUAUCUCUACAAAUGAGAACGAAGAAUUUUCUGCUUACAAUAUGCGUGAUGAUAUCUAUAAGCUUAAUUUUUAUUAUAUUUGGCCAAGAAAAACCAGAAAGUAUUCAAAAUAUCGUCUCUACAACAAAUGAACAAAUAAAAAAUUUCAAGGAUAAUCUAAGAGAUGCCGAAACGAAAACUCUUAACGCCGAUGAGAAGUACUUAAAUCUUUUGGGCUUCUCUGAUAAACCUCGUUUAUUCCCGAAAGAUAUAUGGCGAAAUACGUCAUUACCAGUUGUUGUUACUUAUGUGCAAGAGGCUGAAGAGAGCCAAGCCAUUGGAAUUAUUAUCAAUAUCGGUAAAAUGCUCCCCAAUAACACAAUUUUAAUUUAUAAUUUAGGCUUAGAUGACCAGGGGUAUAAAUUGCUCACAAAUUUUUGUAACAAUUCGAGAUGUCAAGUUAUUAAUUUUGAUUUGGCACAAUUUCCGCAACAUGUUAGUAUGAACAUUCUACAUGCGUUUCGUCCUCUAGUAAUUCAGGACGCUCUUCAACGUACCGGAGCAAUUUUCUUCCUAGAAUCAAACUACCGCUUAACCCAAAACGUGAUUACGACAUUAUAUGAAGAAAGAGCUUCACUAACAGGUAUUUUAGCUUGGCCAUUCAACAUAAGAAAUCCCGUAUCGAGUUUAACCCACAAAAAGAUGUUCGAAUAUUUCCACACCGACGCUGACAACUUUUUAUUUCUCCAAAUGGUAAAAGCCGAAGUUCUCCUCGUCGUUAACACUUUAACCAUACAUAAAAACGUGAUGUUACCUUGGGUCCAAUGCGCUUUAACUCAAGAUUGCGUUAUACCGAUCGGAGCGCAAUCUGCCGGAUGUAAAUUCGACAAGAGACCUCAGUAUAGGUAUUCAGGUUGUCAUACUUAUGACACUUCGGCGUUAAAUAUCGUUUUAGGACAGUUGUUCAAACAGAACAGUUCGCAGUAUACUUAUAGUGGACCAGUAAAUGUGUUCGAUACUGUUUCGUUGAGUUUAGCGAACGUUUUACUUAAACAACUCGAGUUGAACUCCACCACCGAUUUAAUACGCGAUUGAAAUCAUCAGAAAAUGACGUCGGAUAUACUAAAUUAUUACAUUCGUGAUACCAAAAUACAAAUUCAUUCAAAUUUUCGACUUACCCCGGUGUAAUUUUUUAUUAACGAGAUAUACAAGAUGCGUACAGUGUUGCCACAAGUUGUAAAUUGUAUAUUUUUCGAGUAAAGUGAUGAUUGCGAGUCACUUUUUCCAUUUUUGAAAAACAGUUUGCUCAAAAAAAGUUACUUCGGUAAAAUUUUGUUUUUUUAUGCGAAAAAUGUUUUAAAUUAAAAGUUGACAAGUAACAUUUAAAUCGGAAGUCAAAAUAUUCACGUUUUUUGUUCAAAUCCCUCGUAUAAUUCCAAUAUUACGGGGACCCAAUAAUAACCGGAAUAACAUCACAUUGGGCGGUGUAUUUGUAGUAUAUGGAAUUUUUUUCGAUAAUAAAUAUUUUUUUUUCAAACAAUUCGAGGUUAUUUUUGGGUUUACCCUUGUAUACAACUUCAAAUUUAUUUUCAGUGCCAUAUUACAUAUCUAACUUUUUAUAUUGAUUAUGUAAAUAUUUAUUCAUUAAUUAGGUUGUUCUAUAUGCAAAAGGUGGUACGUGGCAUUUAAAAAAAGUUUCAAACUACUCUUGUCGUUCAUCAGAUACCUAACCUCCAAACGGGUGUUCCGAAGCAUUUUUAGCAUGAAUUGGAAUCGAUUUCUGAAUCCACAAAUGCUUUCAGUGACUCCAAAGAAAUCGAAUACCGUUUUAGGAGAAUCGAGAUCAAUUAUUAAUUUAUACUAUUCCGAAAAUAAUGUUUCUAUUUUCUUUUGAUAAUCGAAAUUCAUUAAUUGGAAUAAUUAAUUCAUAAAAAAAUCUGAAAGCAGUUUCUAUUUUUUUUUUUUAAUCAAAAUCGAUUUUUGACUCAUUGGCCAUUUCUAGUGAUUCCGAAAGAACCGAAAAGCGUUUUACGAGAAUCGAUAUAGAUUAUCAAUUCAUAAAAAAGAAAAAUCGGAAAAUAAAGUUUCUAUUUAAUAUCAUUACUUUUUUGGAAGGGAUAGCAGUCCAUGAACAAUCUAAUGUUUUAAUAUACAUUUUGAAGCACGUAAUUAUGUUUCUAUUGCGGUAACUGUCAUCGAUGUAAAUAUUUUGUAAGUGAAAAGUGGCACUUAAGACGUUUUGCAUAAGACCUAAUUUGCUUUUUUUGUCAUUCUAGUCAUAAAGUAUUAACAUAUCAAUAAUAUAAGAUUUUUGGUGGUUGUUUUCGAAAUUGGACAUAUACAUAUGUCGAUUUUCGAAGAGAACAUUCCAUUGGAGUUUAAAAGUGCUUUGGAGGUGAAUUAAAUGUUCUAUACAAACUUUUUUUUACAAUAAAUAGCUUUUAAUCCAAAAAAAAUUAGUACUUUAAUUUUUUUUAAAUCCUUCAGGGAUCAAAUUAUAAGGAGGAAAAUCAAUUUUUGAUACUUUAUAUUAGAAAAGACAAUUUUUGUUCAAUUUAUGUCUAGAAAACUGAACUUUUGACUGAAUUAAACUUAUAAAAUCCGAUUUUUGGCACAAUUAAACUUUAUAAAGCCAAUUUUUGACUAAUUUGAACAAAAAAAACUUUUUAUGCGCUUAUUAAUACUCAGUAAAGACUUUUUUGAUGAAAUGAUACUGAGACAUGCUAAUUUUUGACACAUUCAAACCUUAAAAUCAAAUUUUUGGCCAAAUUAAAUUUAUAAAAUCGAAUUUUUGACAUAUUAUCUCAGUAAAGACAAUUUUUGAUAAAUCCAAAUCUAGAAAACAAAACUUUUGACCACAAAAGUGGUCGGGUGAACCCAGUUUUGACCAAUUUAAAUUUUAUUUAUAAAAGUUAUUUUUAUUUAUUCAUAUUAUUCCGAGGAAAGCCAUUUUUCGAGAAAUUAUUUAAAAACAGCCAAUUUUUCACCAAUUCAAACCCAGAAUAUUCGAAUUUUGGAUAAAUUAAACUUAUAAAAUUCAUAUUACCUCAGUAAAAACAAUUUUUGACGAAUUCAAAUCUAAAAAGCCAAUUUUUGACGACUUUAAACUCGGGCGAACUCAAUUGUGGCCAAUUUAAAGGAAGAAAAGUAAAUUUUUUAAUAAUUAGGAUUUAUUAAAUACAUUUUUAAUUAUUAUAUCGACUCGGAAGCCAAUGCUCAACAAAUUAUUCAAAAACAGCCAAUUUUGGAACGAUUUAAACCUAGAAAAGCCAAAAUUAAACUCGUACAAGCCCAUUAUUAACUAAAUCAAAUUCAAAAAAACCUUUUUUAGACCAAGUAAAAGGAAAGCCAAUUAUUGACAAAUUUCAACUUUUCACAACAAUAGAAUAAAAAUUCAAUCAUCCCUUCCCAUUUUUUUUUAAUAUUAAAAUAAAAUUUAAUUCAGCGUUUUAUUUCGAAUGUUUUUAUAUAACGAAAAUGCAGCUGAUUAAUUUCUAUUUUAGCUUGUUUAAAAAAAAAUGGUUUUUAAGGGUAUUAAAUCAAUAAAAAUUCAAUGUUUUUGUUCAUUUUUUUGUAAUAUUCUCGUUUAAAUGCUUAUUUUUGUGUUUACAUUAAAUUUUUUGUUUUUAUUGUAUAAUAACAAAAACUAUGUUUGUUUUAAAACAAAAUCUGAUGAAUAUAUGAUAAAAAUUGAAUUUUUUAAAAUAAUACUUGGUAUACUUAGGGGUAAACAACCACCUAUUCGGAUAGGCGGUGUUUAAAUCAGUUAUUUUUAUCGAGGGUAUAAGAAACAUCGUUUAAAACCUCUGGAUUCGUAUACGGAUGUCUGAACAUAUUCGGGGUGCUUUUUAGAAAGCUGUUCGUCGACUAUUUUAAGGAGAGUUUCGACGUCGAAAUCCUUAUAGUGUUUUCUAAAAACAUCACAGAUGCUUUGAAUGUACCAAGUGCCUUUUUCUUCAUCCCUCACCGAAUAAAAA